UUGACAGCUUGGUGUGGAACUUACUUAGAACAUGGCGGGAGGAAGAUGCGGUGGCGGAAACAAUACAAACACAAAUUAAAAUGUAAACAGUAAACAGUGAAAAGGAAAAAAAAAUUGUCGAUAGUUUUUAUUUAUUAUGGCUGAACCUAGAUUACUAAAACUUCAAAGCCCUGCUUAUGGAGAUCCAAUCUUUUACAAGUGGCCUCUUGUUAUAACGAAAAAACAUGAUGAAGCUGCUGAAAUUGUCGAUACAAUAAGAUUGGUAUGUGAAGAUUUCUGUGAACUCAAGUACGCUGUAGAGAACACCAUGCUGAAGGAUUAUGACCCUAAAGACUAUGAUAGCAUGAACCAACUUUGCCAAAGAUACAACAAAGCAAUUAGAAAUAUAUUAUCAUUGUGGAAAGGACGUGCACCCCCUCCUAAAAUGUUUAAACCUCCUAGUAAAGAUCUUCUUCGUCACAUCAUAAAUCUGUGUUACAGCCAUGCUAUAAAAGAGCCAGAGAAGCUAAACAUCUAUGAACCUUUUUCACCUGAAGUAUAUGGUGAAACAUCAUUUGAUAUGGUUGCUCGUAUACUAGAUGAAGUUCAAAAUUUGAACAAUGAAACGUUUAUAGAUCUUGGGAGUGGUGUCGGCCAAGUGGUACUCCAAGCUGCAGCUUCCAACCAAUUUAAAGAGUGCUAUGGGGUGGAAAAGGCAGAAACGCCAGCCAUGUAUGCGAAGCUCAUGGAGAAGGAAUUUAAAAAAUGGAUGGAUUGGUAUGGAAAGACAUACACUGAAUUCACACUUGAGAAAGGAGAUUUUCUUGAAGACAAAUGGAUAAAUACUAUCAAUGAAUGUGGAGUUGUUUUUGUUAACAACUUUGCUUUUGGUCCUGUUGUUAAUCAUCACUUAAAGUCACGGUUUCAAACCAUGAAAGAAGGAUCAAGAGUCAUAUCAUCAAGAGAAUUCUGUCCAAUGCACUUUAAAUUCAACAAGAGGAAUUUAUCUGAGCUUGGUGCUAUGAUGCGCGUCACGGAAAUCAAACCUCGUAGCGAAGAAGCUUCUGUGUCUUGGACUGGAAACAAUGUCUCAUAUUAUUUACAUAUUGUUGAUCGGACAAGGCUGGAGAAAUAUUUUUCCAUCCUCAAGAAAAGAAAGGAAGGACAAGAACUUGAUGAAGAUGAGAUGUCCUUAUAUUCCGAAAGUAACUACAGUAUGGAUACUAAUGGAACAACGUUGGAUGUUGAAACGUUAGAAGAUAAUCUAGAUGACCUCUACUUGGGCACCACAACUCGUCAUCAGUGGCAGUUGUUGACCGACACGAUCAAACAGAGUAAAAAAGAAGCAAAAGAACAAGUAGAUGGUACUGUCGACUCUAAGAGAGGACAAAAGAAGAAAACAUUUAAAAAUCAAACUUUGUUAAAAAAGUCAGGAAAAUUAGAACUGAAAAACAAAAUACUGCGCAAAUAUGGAAAGCAGGCUUACAAGAAAGCCAUGCGCGCAUCACAAGAGGCUGAGGAGGAGGAGGGAGAAGAAGAAGAGGAGGAGAGGGAGAGUUCACAGGAUUCGUCUACAGAAACUGACGAUAGUGAUUUCGAGAACCAGUUAAAACUCAAGCGAAAGGAACCACAACCAAAGAAGAAAUCACUAGAAAUCAACGAGAGAAAGAAAUUUUUAAAGACUAACGACAUACGACGGAAACCCAUUCUUGAUAUGCAUAAAGUUGAAAAAGAUUUAGACAUUUUUCUUGGUAACAUGAAGCAAAAAUAUUUGGAAUUUAUUCAACGCAUGAAUACUCAACAGUAUGCUGAUCGAUUAAAAGUCAUGAUUGAAUGUGAAACGGCUAAGAGAAAGCUACUUCAACGAGAAAUCAGUGAGACUGAGCGUGUCGUGCAAAAUUUAAUAAGCGACGGACUAACUAAUUUCUCGAGUCGUCUUGUUGAACUAGACGUCGCCGUCAAAACGCCGCUGGAAUUAUUGUCGCAAUCGACGACGUUAUCUGAACGACGACAAGAGUUGGAAAACAAAGUGAUUAACAUGGAGAUUGAAGUUUUUAAUCUGGAAGAAAAACAUCGCAGCUUGUGUGCGGCUCGCGAUGGUAAAAACCGCGUGCAUGGUAUGGAGCCUAUGUUUGACAGUGAAGAAGAUGAACUUGUUUUGGAACAGAAUGCAAGCUCCUCUAAAGGCGAAUUGACCACGAAGCUAUGCGGAGCCAUAUUGACCGCACUUGAUCAUCGCAGAUCACUGAUUGAUAAACAGUCCUCGUUAGCUGAGCAGAUAUCUAUUUUAGAGAAGAUUUCGAACACGGAACAAACUAACAAUGCGUCUCCUAUUGUCGAUGUGGUUGGAGAUGACGAAAAUUGUAAACACUCGGCUAAAGUUGAAAGACCUAAGCCGCGCCCUGUGGCUUUUGUUCCUCCCAGAAUGCUUAGUCAGGAUAAAAAGAAUUCGCUUUCUCCUGAGGCGUCCGUCAUAUUGUCCACGAGAGAUCCUGAAUUUGUGAGUGAGCAAUCCACUGCAUUUGCAUCCACUGAACAGUCUAGAAAUACUGCAUUUUUAAACAGUAACCAGUCUAGAGAUGUUGCACGCACAUCCAGUGAGCAGUCAGAUACACCCACAACUUCUGCAAGACGACCACGUGGAAGACCGAGGAAGCGGCCGAAAUCUAUGGAAGAAUACCAACGGUCAUCUUCGACGCAAAGCGAUUCUUCACAGGGUAGCAAAGUGGAGCUUGAUGAAAGACAAGCAGUUAUUACCGAGACAAGUAGAACUCCCCUUAACGAUAUGAAUAAUGUAGCUAAUCAACAAAUAAACCAGGCGUCGCGUAACGGUAGCCAUUUUGAUUCUUAUCACGUUCGCGAAGAACGAGCACCAAUAACCUUUCCUCUAAAACAAUCCAUUGACAAUCCUUCUGAAUUUUCGAAAGAGUUCUUGAAGGCGACUGGAAAACUGCUUAGUGCGGCAGCCCCGAAAUGGCGCCCCGUAGAUGAGCUAUGGGUGCCAUUAUCACAUUCGAAACAGAAGAAACGCGAUCUUGACGUAAGUAGGAUAAAUGCGGGUAAUGAAACGAAAACUCAGAAGUCUUGUCACCAUCCCGAGCUUGUUAAUAAAAAUAUUUCAGAAGAGGAAAACGCUAUAAACACUAUUUUACCAACUGAAAAACCUGUGGAACAAAUAGGUUUACGGAAGAUUGAAGCUAAACUUCACACCAAUGAAUCCCAAAGUCACACCUCUGAUCCCGGAGUCAACGUCACUGUGGCAACCAGUCAUGGUUUCGUGGGAUCAAACAUCAGUCGUACUACACUCAAAGAGAGCCCUACAACUUCUCAUUGUACGCACUCCACAGUACUGACGAGCAUGUCAAAUUAUUUGGAGAAUUUGACAAAACCUGUACAGAGUUAUUUACGAUUACAGGAACCAUCAGAGCAACCGCAACGCGAAUCUGUACAACCGAAAUGCGAGUUGCUAAAACCAAAAUGCGAGUUGCUACAACCGAAAUGCGAAUCAAAAGUUUAUCAUCCAUCUCCAUCGAAACACAACAUAUACGACAACUUGCAAUUCGGCUAUCUUCGUAUGCUAUCCAACGAUGAGCGGAGUAGCGAAGCAAGCCAGCAUCCUCACAGUAAUAACAUGGAACGCUAUGGAAGCCACCUCUCUACCAACCCUCCUCGCAUUGAUCAUAUCAGUCAGAUCAACAGUGGCAACAUUAGGUUUUCGCAUAUAGAUUCAAAAGAAUCUCCGAUCCUUACGCAUUCGUUGAAUAGAAACAUGAAUCCGUCCCUGCCCGGUGCAUUUCCUGUUGGCUCGACGCAUAUUUCACCGGGAUCUGCUAUCAGACAAACAUCGACACAUGAAAGCAAGAUAGAUCGUUUCUCAUCUGCGUAUUCCAUCGCGUCGAUGACCUCGCCAGCUAAGAAUAAAACUUCGACGAAGGAGGAAAGACAGAGAAAGAAAAAAAAUACGCUUGCAAAUUCAAACGUCUUCUUACUUGAUAUGUAUAAGCAUCCCUUUCAUUCCACUACCGAAUCAAAGCUGCUUUGCGUUAAUCCUGACCCUGAUAAAAUUUCUUCUAACGUUCGUCAUCUUAGUCCUGUUGUAAAUCACGGCGAUAGUGACGGCCAUCUUUACCGUUCGUAUGGAGGUUUAAACGAACUGUUAAAAGCUGCUGGAGGUUUAAGUAACAACUCUCAAACAAGCGAAAGAGUUAAUUUGGAUAAAGGUGCAUGUUUAGCGUCAGGCUAUGAACGACUGGAUGAGACGUCAAAAUUGAAACAACACCCAAAACCGUCAAAGAAAGAAUCAGAAAGAAAAAAAAUGGUGGGCAAAGAUUCCUCGCUCCUAUUGUCUGUUAGCAAGCUUUCUUCUGCUGUGUCAUACCAUGCCGCCUCGAGUCCGUUUCAGCAACAAGCUGUCCUCAAGACAAGUGAUCAUGUGACAGGUGGUGGUGGGGAAUCGAUGCUUCACUACCCUGCGUAUAUGGUUACUGCGGAUCAACAGUCAUCUCGUCAAGAGGGGAACAAAAAAGCGAAUCGUAUGCCAACGAAACGCCAAGAAAAACAACACGAAGCCGUCAAAUCCGACAUGACAUCAAUAUAUUAUUCGGAUGCCGUGAAAUUAUUUAAGCCAGAUGUUCAAACCAUAAUCAUUCCCUCAUCUCAGCCAAGUCCGAUUUCCUUCACGUCAAUAGGAAUGGCGAAAGAACAAAUGCCGUUAUUUCCAACAACAGCAUCGGUUUACAGUGCGUCAAGAGAAUCAAAAGAAUCAAAAGAAACGAACCCUCACGGAAUGGGGCACCAUUUAAGUAAAAAACCUCAAGUAAACAACCAAGGGACGAGUCCUGCUCAUUUUAUGAGUUCUUUAGUAGGUAGAAAACACAGCGCUGCACCUGAACAAUCAAGAAUUGUUCCAACACCGCCUGGUCACAGUAUGGGUUUACAAGAUGAAUCAAAUCAUCCCCCGCCCACAAAAAAACGACGAGCGCGGAAGCCGAAAAAAAAUGCGACGAUCCCUAUACUACCAGCAACAACAACAACACCAAAUCAUUGUGUUAUUUUUAGUGGUAACCCAAAUACUGUACCACCUACCGUCUCUUACUUCAAAAGCCAAAGCGUUGGAGCACCGCAAGUAGUAUCAACUUCAUCGCCAAUAAUAUUUCCGAAAUCUACUUUAUCAAAAACUUUCCACGGUACACAAGUUGUCAAUAUGAGCAUGGCACAGCAUAUGUCUGGAUUGAAUAGCAUUAUUAUACCGACGUCAACUAGAGUAGGUCUUGUGCCUGUAAGACCUGCCCAAAGUCAGCCGGUUACUUACGUCAGCCACCCGCGACUUAUUUUGUUGCCGAGUACCGAAGAGAAAAAGAAUACCUCGCAGCUGGAGAAUGUCAACAGCAAACAUUCCGGCAGCCGUGUAUUUGAACGUCGGCAAUCUAUGGCAUCGCCGACUUUUCCUCCUCAAAAUUCUACGUCUUGAAAGCUUUGUCGGUGACGGUAUGGAUGACAUACCAGCGUAAUGUCUUACUUAAUAUGUCUCCCUUAAUUUGUCUCACUUUAUAUGUCUCCCUUAAUUUGUCUCACUUAAUAUGUCUCCCUUAAUUUGUCUCACUUUAUAUGUCUCCCUUAAUUUGUCUCACUUAAUAUGUCUCACUUAAUUUGUCUCACUUUAUAUGUCUCCCUUAAUUUGUCUCACUUAAUAUGUCUCACUUAAUUUGUCUCACUUUUAUGCUAAAUUAACAUUUGUUAGGUUACAACUAGGUUUUAAAGACAUAUAAAUUGUUUUGUGCUUUCCCUUGUGCUUAAGGUCGAUGUACGCUUUCAUGUUUUAUUCCACUAAACGUUUUUUAAAUAAGAAUAAACUCCAUAAAUAUCUUUUCAGAGUUUCAAACCUUUAGAACAUGUCAAUACCAAGAAAUACUUACAAAAAAGAGGCUUUUAAGGCUUUAGUUAAAAAAUUGAAUGUUUUUUUAAAGCAACGUGUCGAUCACCAAUCAGUGCAUAGUCUUCAUACCUUAAUUUUGUAGAGUGUUUUUUUUUUCUCGUUAAUAUUAAAUCUGGAUGAUAUAUAUUUGGAUAUAAUUUUCACUGGAAGGUUUCAAAGGUUAAUAUAUUAAAAUCUCCACCAACAUGGUUAUCGAGUUAUUGUUGUAAAAAUGGUCUAUGUAAAAGGAUUAUUUUAGCAUUUUAAUUUUUAUUCUGUGUAAAUUUUCUACAUUAUUCGUAAGCCUUAAAUCAUGUUAAUCGCGACUAUUCAUACGACGUUUUCACGUCAUUUUCUCGUCGUAUUUUUUCGGUAUUUUAUUUACUAGUUCAUACAUUAUUUUAACUUUGUCUUUUUUUCUUAAACUGGUAGUGAGGAUAGCAAAGCCCCAGUUACAGUGGCCGAAAUUAAUUUUGAUCACGGUAGCUUCCUCGGUAUGUAACUUUUUAUUUUCGACUGAAGUAAGCGAGACAACAGGUUUGUUGUCUCCCUUCAACUCUUUUAUAACUGCCUCGCUAGACUGAUGUAGAAACAACAAAUAAGUUCCGCGUUACGUCAUUAUAAACGGAGCAUGUGCAGAAUAGACCACGGCUGCUCAUCUCAUUACCAGCUGUUGUAAGCUAGAUUUUUACUCAAGAACAGAGCAAUAUUGUCUUUAGAACUUAAAGGACUGCAUUAGAAGUUUAUAUUAUAUUUGUAGAUUUUAAUUCUAUCAAUCUUUAAUCCAAUUUAAGAGAACUGAGUUCGAGAUUGCUAGCACCAUUUAUUUAUUCACCAGAGUUAGUUACUAUUAUAGGUAUAUAUGUAUGUAUGCAAAAAGAAUUGAAACAGAAUUUUUUUUUAAAUUA